GUGAGAAUAAAAAAUUCUCAGCUACGGAUAAUAAUUGUCCUCUGAAAUCAGUAAAUUAUUGAAAAGGAAACAUCAUUUAGUACCUACCCCAUGUGAUUUUCUCCGAAGACCAUAAACCUCAUCAAGUCAAUAUUGCGAACCCUUUCCUCACCCAUCACCUUUCUUUUAUCCCAUCUGAUCUGCUUCACUUGAGAUUCAACCAUGGCUGAAAAACUUUAUGGUGGAGCUUACCUCUCUCCCUUUGUUGAUACUGUUUUGGACAACAUGUCUUCAAUACUUGAAGAAGACGACUCUUUCCUCGAAAGCAACAACUUGCUUGGAAGGUUACAGAAUUGUCUGUAUGAUGUUGCACCUGUUCUUGAUGAUGCUGAGCUGAAGCAGUUCACUGACAAGAAAGUGAAGAAGUGGCUUGUUGAUCUUCAAGAUGCUCUCUUUAUGGCGGAUGACUUACUCGACGAACUCUCCACUAAAGCCGCUAUUGCUGCCACUCAAAUGGAUCCAGGUAACUCUUCCUCCUGGUCUCGCCUUGUUGAUUCAUAUAUUGAGGAUACUGGUGACAUCGAAUACAUAGUUCGAAGACUAGAAUCUGCUGUAGCACGCAAAAAUUAUCUUCGUUUGAAGGAGACCGCAAAGGUGGACAUGUCAUGGAGAAUUCCAUCCACAUGUCUUGUUGAACCAUCGGAGAUAUGUGGCAGGAAAGAAGACAAGGAGGCCAUACUGAAGCUGUUGUUGGAUGAUGAUGAUGAUGCUCAUGGUGAUUUAUCUGUCAUUCCCAUUGUGGGCAUGGGCGGAAUAGGAAAGACUACUUUGGCCCAAUUGCUUUACAAUGACGAUAAAAUGAAGGGGAAUUUUGAUUUUCGAGGUUGGGUUUGUGUGUCCGAAGAGUUUGAUGUCACUAAGGUCACCAAGACUAUAAUUGAGGCAAUAACAAAGAGUCCUUGUAACUUGAAUGAUUUGAAUUUACUUCAACAGGAAUUAAAAGAAAAAUUGUCAACGCGGAAAUUCUUUGUUGUCUUUGAUGACGCAUGGAAUGAGGAUUAUGAAGAUUGGAAUAGGCUUCUAAAACCUUUUCAGAAUGGGGUUAAGGGGAGUAAAAUUCUCAUAACCACUAGAAGUAAAAAAGUGGCUUCUGCCGCGCAAACGGUUUCACCACAUGAACUAAGUUUAUUGUCGGAUGAAGAUUGUUGGCUAGUAUUUUCAAAACAUGCACGCCUUUCCACUGACUCUAUGGAAAAUCCAAUUCUGAGAAAAGUCGGCAAAGAUAUUGUAAAGAAGUGUGAUGGAUUGCCCUUGGCAGCUCAAGCCCUCGGAGGCCUAUUGCGUGGAAAUUCUGAUGUCGAGUAUUGGAAGCAUAUAUUGAAGAGUGAGGUAUGGAAAUUCUCCAAUGACAAGAUAAAAGUUGUUCCGGCUUUAAGAAUCAGUUAUUAUUAUCUUCCUUCAUGUCUGAAAGAGUGCUUUGUUUAUUGCUCGUUGUAUCCGAAGGAUUAUGAAUUUGAUAAAGAUGAGCUCAUCUUGUUAUGGAUGGCUCAGAAUUUUUUACAACCAACUGGGAGAAACACUUUAGAAGAAGUUGGUGAUGAAUAUUUCAAUGAAUUAGUUGCGCGAUCAUUUUUGCAACCUCAUAGUACUCUGACAAAUAUAUUUGUGAUGCAUGAUCUCGUACAUGAUUUGGCACUGAUGUUUGGUGGAGAAUUCUAUUUUAGAGCGGAAGAGCUUCAGAAUGCAGUUGAGGUUGAUAUUAAAACUCGUCAUUUGUCCCAUAAUGCUAAAGGCAAUUAUCCAAUCUCAAAACUGUUGGGAGUUUGUGAC